GCUAGUCACAUCCGCGCUAAUCAAUGAAAUGUCAUAUAUAUGCGUGAUUAAACAUUGAUUUAUAAGAGCAAACUGUCAAACCCCAGCUGGGUUGAAUAAAGACACCCUGCCGAUGUAGCACACAAAAAAGGACUCCGACUUUAAAAGAGCUAUAUUAUCGAAAGUUCCUAUCUGGCAAAUUGCAGGUAUGGCGGACUGAUUAUUAGAAGAUCAUGCACCAUAAACAGAUGAUUAUCUUAACGUUAAUUCGUUAUUAUGAAAAGUCUAGAUAGUGACCGCCCUGCACAUGAACUAGAGGGGGACUAGUAAUCAAGUCUGUAUUCCACCCGGUCUACAUACAUUGAAACACGUAAAUGUAAAGCCGAUGCUCGUAUAAACAACAAGAAUCAUGGCGGCCCCACUAUUCAGGAUCUCUACGAAGAUUGGUAGAUGGGUCUCCCAACCAUGGGGCACUUGCCAGGUAUGGCUGCAGAACAGGUCCACAUGGUCUGCACCAGAGAUGGCCUCAGACCAAGCUGCUGGCCUGAAAGUCUCCUACCCUCCCCUACAGACUUUCUCUGAGGAAGAGGGAAUGAUGAAGGAUGCUGUGAAGAAGUUUGCCCAGGAGCGUAUUGCCCCUUUUGUGUCUAAAAUGGAUGAAAACUCCAAAAUGGAUGAUGAAGUGAUAUCUUCAUUAUUUGAACAAGGGCUGAUGGGCAUUGAGAUAGACCCAGAGUAUGGCGGCACUGGCUCCAGUUUCUUCUCUUCUAUCCUGGUAAUUGAGGAACUGGCUAAGGUGGACCCUUCUGUGGCUGUGCUGUGUGACAUCCAGAACACUCUCAUUAACACUCUGGUGGCCAAACUGGGGACCCCAGCCCAGAAAGAACAGUAUCUCAGCCGACUCUCGACAGACACGGUAGGUAGCUUUUGUCUUUCUGAAGCUGAGUCAGGUAGCGAUGCCUUUGCCCUGAAGACACGUGCUGAGAAACACAAGGACUAUUACAUCAUCAAUGGCUCCAAGAUGUGGAUCAGCAAUGCAGAGCAAGCAGGGGUGUUCUUAGUCAUGGCUAACGUGAACCCUUCAGCUGGCUACAAAGGCAUUACCUGUUUCAUCGUAGACAAAGACACAGAGGGGCUUCACAUCGGCAAGAAGGAAAAUAAGCUGGGCCUGCGAGCCUCCUCCACCUGCCCUCUUAACUUUGACAACCUCAAGGUUCCAGAGAAGAACAUUUUGGGGGAGAUCGGUCAUGGGUACAAAUACGCCAUUGGCAUGUUGAACGAAGGCCGGAUUGGAAUUGCUGCUCAGAUGCUGGGCCUGGCUCAGGGCUGCUUUGAUCAGGCUGUGCCAUACACCAGGCAGAGGGUGCAGUUUGGCAAACGGAUUUUUGACUUCCAGGGGAUGCAGCAUCAGAUAGCCCAUGUGGCCACUCAGAUUGAAGCUGCAAGGCUGCUGACCUACAAUGCUGCUCGCUUGAAGGAAGCUGAAAGACCUUUCAUCAAGGAGGCCUGCAUGGCCAAAUACUUCACUGCAGAGCUUGCAACUUUGACUACAUCCAAAAGCAUUGAGUGGAUGGGAGGGGUGGGCUUCACCAAAGACUACCCUGUGGAAAAAUACUACAGAGAUUGUAAAAUAGGAACCAUUUAUGAGGGCACAACCAACAUCCAACUCACCACCAUGGCCAAAUUCAUUGACAAAGAGUAUGAUAACUAAACAGACUUAGGAAGUUUCAAAUAGAGGCUGGCCACUUGCACUUCUUUUUGUGACACUCCUUGCUUUUAUCUAAAGACUGUAGUGGGGUUUAGAGGUUUAAAAAGCAUUGCUAUAUCAGUUUUUUUAAUAAAACACAAUGGAUCAUCCUUAUGUUUGUUGUAUGCUAUGUACAUUAAAUGGAUGUUUGCGGCUCCCAUCCACUAUGGAUUAUCAGGUUACAUUUGCCAGGCAGUCUAGUUCUGGUGUUGGUAAGGUGUUUUUAGGUUUUUCUUCAUCCCAGAAUAGUUUGCUGGGAUCCCAACAAAAAUGCAAAUUGCACCGUAUAAAUGUCUCUGUAUUUUCCCUUCUGUUGUGUUUUCCCUGUUGUUCUGUCUACCAUUCCCGUUUGGAGCGUAUGUGUUUCUGGUGAAUAAUACCACAAAGGUAAUUUAAUAUUUUGAAACUUGUAUCGUCUUGACACAGAUUGUCAUUAUUAUUACUUGAUCCUGUUUUGCAGUAUAAGCUAGUUAUAGUUGAUUCAGUUUAAAAAACAGUGCCUUUAUCACACCAUAGUUACUUUAGGCUUUUAAGACUGAACAAUAUGAAUUUCUCAUGAGAGGCAUGCACUAAAGACCUGUUUUAUGGCUUUUUGUUUUGUUUUCUAUUAUAUUGUUCGCUUUCCUAAAAAGUGGGCCGUGAUUUUUUUAAAUUUUAAUAUGUAUGGUAAUUCUCAUAUGGACUGCCAUUAAGAUUUAUAGAUUCAACAGUAUCAAUAAAUGUUACGUAAAAAGUAUUUCUAUUGAAUGUGUUUGUUCCAAAAACUACAGUGUGCAGUACUUUUCCUCAGUUUAAAAAACAGUGCCUUUAUCACACCAUAGUUACUUUGGGCUUUUAAGACUGAACAAAAUGAAUUUCUCAUGAGAAGCAUGCACUAAAGACCUGUUUUAUGGCUUUUUGUUUUGUUUUCUAUUAUAUUGUUUGCUUUCGUAAAAAGUGGGCCGUGAUUUUUUUUAAUUUUAAUGUAUGUAUGGUAAUUCCCAUAUGGACUGCCAUUAAGAUUUAUAGAUUCAACAGUAUCAAUAAAUGUUACGUUAAAAGUA